UCCUCUUUUCUGCUUUCUCUGUCUUUUUCUUUCUCUCCUCUCUGAUCUGCACUUCCCUCCAUCUCGCUCGGGAUGCUCUCCUCUCUCCACACUUCCGCGCACACACCCGCUACGCACACUCUCUCUAUUUCUCUAUGUGCUUUCUCUCUCCCUCGGCGUCUUUCUCGGUCUGCGUUACACCGUCUCCUCCCGACUGUGCUCUCGCCAUCCCUGCUUAUCCCUUGCCUGUUUCCUCUCUCUCUCUCUCUCUCUCUCUCAUCUCUCCUUCUCGCCUCUCUCUCCAGGCUGCGCCUCAUUGGUGUGUCCUGAUUCCCUUUUUCCAUUAGGCUCCAGGCCCAUUGUCGCCUGCCUCCCAACCAUUAUCUCUACUCCUCCACCCCUCUGUCAUCCUUUCUCCCUUCGCUCAUCCCUCCUUCCCUCAUUCCAGUCAUCUCUCAAGUCGUAAAAAUGAUUUGCAUGCAGGAGGAGAGCAGAACUUUGCAGCGAGCACAGUAAGUGAGAAUCGGGAGAGAGUAAGGCAGAGAAGUAAAGGAAGACUGAAAAAAGGAGAGGAAGCGCAUUCUGGAGGGCAGGAGGAAAAGUUUACAGAGAGACUGCAGUGAAAAUGAGUUUGGGGGAGACGUGGUGAGCCGUUCCUCUCCAGUUGACAACAGUAGGUCACGGUGGAAGCAGAGGUCCGGACCAAAGAGCUGUCUCGACCCCCAAACCCUUUCAGAUGGAGGUGGAUGCAGACGAUAAGCGCCAUCGAACACGCUCCAAAGUGCCUGUGGAUCCAGCAUUAACAGAGCUUUUCAGAGGACGAUCAGAUGAGGCAGCAGCGAGGGGGGCGAGGGCGAUGGCGGCGGAGGUGGCGGCGGUAAUGCCAAUCUGGCCCGACGACAGAGAAGGCAACAACAACAAUGACGAAUACGAGAAUUAUGACGAACUCGUGGCCAGUCGCUCCUCAACCUGGGCAAGAUCGCAGAAGACGCCGCCAACCGAGCUUUGACGGAGUCCGAGAUGAACAGCAACUCCUCCAACAGCGCAGAGGAAGAGGAGGAUGAGGAUGAAGAGGAGGACGAAGAGGAUGAGGAGGAUGAAGAGGAGGAGGAGGACGAAGACGAAGACGAGGAGGAAGAAGAAGAGGGGGAAGGGGAUGAAACCGCAGAGGGGUGGUCUGAGUUUGGACGUUGACAGUGAUGUAGUUCGGGAGACGGUGGACUCCCUUAAACUCUUGGCACAAGGUCACGGUGCGGUAUUGUCUGACAAUUUAGAUGGACAGGAGUUUGAGGACGGCGCCGCUGGGAAUGACUGUACUCACAAUGGUGGAAACGCACACAAUGGUGGCAAUGGACAAGUUAAGAUCAACAGUAAUGGACAACUAGAAAACAGCGACGAGGAAGUGUGUUUAAGCAGUCUGGAGUGCCUACGGAACCAAUGCUUUCGAUUUGGCUCGGAAGUAAGCGAAACAAAGUCCACCGACCGAAACGGACCAUCCCAGCAAAACCAUUUUUCGUGCGGGGAUCCCAAUCAACAGCCCCAGCACCACAGCUACGGGGAUUUCCACCACAGCCAAGACGACAGGCGAACGCUUGAUAGGAACUACUCCGACAUGGACAAUCUCAUGAAGCUGGAGGAGCAGCUGAAGCCCGCGUCCAAGGCCUUCUCCAGUUGCGCGCAGGACAACCGAUAUCACACCAACCUCCGGGACUUUGAUGAGGACACAGCCUCCGUGACAUCAGAUCGAUCGGAAGAAGUGUUUGACAUGACAAAGGGUAACCUGUCCCUGUUGGAGAAGGCCAUUGCACUAGAGUCCGAACGCGCUAAGGCAAUGCGGGAUAAAAUGGCGGCCGAGGCUGCCAGGAGGGACGGGGUGAGGUAUAACCACGAAGACCAUGGCCCGCGGCAUGGCUACGGCGUUGAACGUAAAGCCCGGCUUCCUGAUGGCAUGAAGAAGCCUUUCUACCAUAAAGACGCUUCACGUGCAGACAAGAAGGAGAGUCGGUGUCCGACACCCGGCUGCGACGGCACGGGUCACGUAACGGGCCUGUACCCCCACCAUCGGAGUCUAUCCGGCUGUCCGCACAAAGACAGGGUGCCACCAGAAAUUGUGGCUAUGUAUGAGAAUGUUCUUAAGUGUCCUACGCCUGGCUGCACGGGACGUGGCCAUGUCAAUAGCAACAGAAACUCCCACAGAAGUCUGUCAGGAUGUCCCAUUGCUGCAGCCGAGAAGCUGGCCAAAGCCCAGGAGAAGCACCAGGGCUGCGACGCCCCCAAGUCCAACCAGGCCUCGGACCGAGUCCUAAGGCCUAUGUGCUUUGUCAAACAACUGGACUAUCCACAGUAUGGUUACAAGAACAAUGUUUCCACCAGCACGCCCCGCUCCAACCUGGCCAAGGAGCUGGAGAAGUACUCCAAGACCAGCUUCGACUACAGCGCCUUCGAUGGCAGUAACAACCACCAAGUGUACGGGAAACGGGCCAUCGCACCCAAAGUUCACGGACAAAGAGACAGCUCCCCCAAAGGAUAUGACGCCAAACGCUACUGCAAGACGUCCAGCUCGGCCAGCAGCACCACCAGCACCUACGCUCCCAGCAGUAGCAGCAGCAGUCUGAGCUGUGGAGGUGGAGGAGGGGGCGCCGGAGGAGGCAGAGGGGGCGGGGGCAGCAGCGCCAGCAGCACCUGCAGCAAGAGCAGCUUCGACUACAGUCACGACAUGGAGGCGGCCCACAUGGCGGCCACGGCCAUCCUCAACCUGUCCACGCGCUGCCGGGAGAUGCCCCACGGCAUGGGGGCGAAGCCACAGGACCUGUGCUCGCAGAGUCCGGGUCUAGAUGUUGAUGAGAACGGUACGUUGGACCUGAGUAUGAGCAAGCGUCUGUGCAGCGGCGGCGGAGGGGACUCGGUGCUCACCCCUCUAGAGCCCAUGUCCCCCCAGAGGCAAGCUGCCCUGCUGGGCUCCCGCUGCUACGGCAUGGGGGACGCCGCCGACUGCUGGGACCUGCCUGUAGACUACACCAAGAUCAAACACAUAGACGAGGACGAGAAAGAGCCGGAUGAUCUGGACCCGUUCCAUGACCUGCUGGAGGACCGCUCCUACACCACUGAUGUUAACAUGCCCAGCCCCAAGCCCAAGUAUGUCCACUGCAAGGAGAGUAAGAAGGACCUGAUAACUCUCUCAGGUUGUCCUUUAGCUGAUAAAAGCAUUCGAAGUAUGCUGGCCAACAACGCGCAAGAGCUCAAGUGCCCGACACCAGGGUGCGAUGGUUCGGGACAUAUCACUGGCAACUACGCCUCACACAGAAGUCUCUCAGGGUGUCCGCGGGCCAGGAAAAGUGGGAUAAAGAUCAUCCACAGUAAAGAGAACAAGGAGGACCAGGAACCUAUCAGGUGUCCAGUCCCAGGUUGUGAUGGUCAGGGACACGUGACAGGGAAGUAUGCGUCCCACCGAAGCGCAUCAGGAUGCCCCAUAGCAGCCAAGAGACAGAAGGACGGCUACCUAAAUGGCAUCCAGUUCACAUGGAAGUCUGGCAAGACGGAGGGCAUGUCCUGCCCCACACCGGGCUGCGACGGCUCGGGUCACGUCAGUGGCAGCUUCCUGACACAUCGGAGUCUGUCGGGUUGUCCACGAGCCACCUCCGCCAUGAGGAAAGCACGGCUCUCCGGAGUGGAGAUGCUAACAAUAAAGCAGCAACGUGCCAGCAAUGGACUGGAGCAUGAAGAGGACAUCAAACAGCUGGAUGACGAAAUCAAAGAUUUAAGUGAAUCAAAUUCACAAGUGGAAGCAGACAUGAUCAAACUCAGAACACAGAUCACAACAAUGGAGUCCAGCCUGAAGUCCAUAGAGGAGGAAAACAAGGUGAUUGAACAGCAAAAUGAAUCUCUCCUGCAUGAGCUGGCCAACCUCAGCCAGUCACUGAUAAACAGUUUAGCUAAUGUCCAGCUCCCUCAUAUGAAACCACUGGCACACAAAGAGCCUCCUCUGAGGAACAACAGCUGCUUACAGCUGCACCAGCAAGAGCCAAUAAGCGAGCAGAACUUUGACGCCUACGUCACAACUCUAACGGAUAUGUACUCAAACCAGGACCAGUACCAGAGCCCAGAAAACAAAGCCUUGUUGGAAAACAUCAAGCAAGCUGUUCAAGGGAUCCAGGUGUAACCAUUCAGCAAAGGGAGACUUUUGUUCGCCCAGCAGGUGAAGGCGAUGUAUCAAAUCCACAUACAAACAGGCAGUGACGGUUCGGUGCAGUAUCUUAUAUAGUGUUAUAUAUUCUAAAUUCUGUUCUCUCAACGAAAAAAAGAGGUAUGAUGCUAAGAAAGACCUCGAAAUCAUCUUCUUUCUUUUCUUUUCGGGCCUUGCUUUGAGGAAGAACAUAAAAGAGUAAACGGCAAAAUAGUUUUUGAAGACAUUCACAUUUUGUACGUUUUCAUAUGAGCUGACAUAGUGUCAUGUAAUGUUUCUAGCUGCUCAUGUAUGCACAUUUUUGGUGUAUAUUUCUGAACAGUAAGCUGAUGAUAACGGGGACGCCAGUUCUUUUUAUUGCUUGACGACAAAGCAUUUUAGAUGAACAAAAAAAAAACUGGACAGUGAAAUAAAAAUGAAAAAAAAAAAACUACAAGCAAGGAGAAGCUACUUAUUUUUCUCCUCACUGGAUGAUUUUGGACUUUUAGAUGUUUUUUUCUUCUUCUUCUUCUUCUUCUUCUUCUUCUUCUUCUUCUUCUUCUUGCGUGUAGAUUGUUCAAGAGCAAGAACUGGUUUGCGAAUCGCUUUAUUUUCUGACAAUGCUUGAGAAACGUUUGUGUUUUUGUUUCGAUGAAGAAAAAAAAAACAGAUGUGUAGCUGUAGGUGGGGGCAUUUUUAACUGGUGCUGUAAAUGAAUCCGGAGAGGAAACUGACCUGAUGUAUGUAUGAAUGUAUGUAUGAAUAGUUCUAUUGUAAACAUCAUUACACGGAAACCCGAUGGUGGAAAUCCCAUUAUCUAGGAGAGCCAAUUGAUUCCUAGAGGAACACAUCUGUGCGGUGCAUGUUCACAUCCUUAACUAAUCUCAAAUAGAAACGAUGUGUAAAGACAAUGACCUAUAGACCACAUUCUAGCCUUUCUAGUGUCAAAUCUGCGCAAUUUGGAGACUUGUGUUGCUUGGAUCAAGAAACGUCUCAGCAAUAUAAUAACUAAAUCAUUUGUUUAUAGUGGGUACAGGAUGCAAUCUGCAAAGGAUAAAAAAAAAGGUUGGGUAUAUGCAAUUUCUUGUUUAUAAGCAUAGCGGGGUAACAUGAAUCUUUUUAAUAUAGCCUAUGUAAAAUAUUGAUUUUUAUACAAAUCUUUUAAUACAAAAAGUCUUUUUAAAAAAGAGGAGGGAACCUGGACAUUGAGUUUUAAGAGCGAAAGUAUAUGAGUUCCACUUUUUUUCUGUACGAUUUUGCACAGGGACACCUUCGUUUCCAUGUUUUGAUGUUCUUACAGAAACUAAAAGCAGUUACCCGAGAGCCUAAAAGGAGGGUUUCCGAGGGUUUUGUAAAGAGUAUUUAUAGAGUAUGACAGCGGGACUUACAGGGUCACUGUCCCCACUUAUGUGCCAGUAGACUAUUUGCACUUGUCCUUGAAGAUAUUAUCCUAGCGUACGGCGGCGUGCAAUUUUCCAGAUGACCUCUUUGGCACACGAUUGGAGCAACCAACUGCUUGGAGCCACUGCAGGCGUGGAUUUAGUACCACUGAGAGAGGAAGAACAGGGACUUGAAAUCAGAGAGGAGGAGGAUUAUAACCAUAGCAGUUAUACUGUAGGCUAUUAUCAAGUGUAAAAACAUUGUUCUUUCAUUUUUGCUAUGUUUUAGGAAGAUGAAGUUAUCCCCCAGCAGCACUUUAUAUCUAAUCACUGUACAAAGGAUUAAAUAGUCAAUCAAUUCAAGGUUUUAAAAAAGCUGAAGAGAUGGUGAGACGAGACCUUCGAGGGGUGAUACAAUCCAGCGUCGCGCCCAUAUGCCUGACUGUAUGCACCCCUCCAUUCUGUUGUUCUAGUUGUUAGCGAUCAUGUUCAGAAUUGCCUUUUUGAGAGCUAAUGCAAAAGGUGCUUGUCGUUCACCUGAUUGAAUCUCAUCUAUUGUACUUUACUGUCCUCUUUCAGGACUCUACUACCCAUCAUCCAUGACUGCAUACGCCUUUUUCCACAGCACCGUGUCUGCAGCUUUUUGCCAAUAUAGUAAUGCUUCAGUAGAGUAAUAGCUAGUACCAGUUUUUGAAUUAAUUCUCAUUAUCAGUAAAAAGGGAAAAUGGAUUUUAAAGCACAAACCGGCUGCUCAUCUGAUGUUGGUACAUAAAUAACAAAUCUGAAUAGAGUUAUUCGUGACUAUCUAUAGGGAACACAAACAGGUCGUCACAUAUUUAGAAAGCGGACUUUUCAUAGAAAUUAUUGUGAAUUCAUCAGAGUUUAUUAUUUUCUUUGAGCCGAUUCAUUUCGAGAUUGUUUUCAGUGACCAUUAACAAAGACAGGAUUUUGUAUAAACUAUUGUGCUCUCUGUGGAACUGAAGUUUGAUUUAUUUUUGUACUACACAGCAUGGAUUUGUUGACAUUUUAAUUUUGCUAUAAAUGUGUGAGAUCACAAGUUGCUGUGAUAUUUCAUUUAUAAAUUGUGAACUUUGUACAAUUUUUGUCAUGCUGGAUGUUGACACAUCUUACUCUGAAUAAAGAAAAAAAUGUGUUGCCAGAG